ACAUUGGAAAAAACAGUCAUUGUGUUGCUUCUCUCGCUCCAGUCAACAUGCAGCAGCUCAUCGUUCCCGCUCUCCUCGUCUCGUUUUGGACACUCUGCUCAGGAUCAGGAGAUUGGUGCUAUCAGUCCCAGUUCACCUGUGCAUCUGAGUGCAAUGUUCCAGAGAAGUGGAACCACGCCAACAGCGACUGUGGAAAAAAUUACCAGUCGCCAAUAAACGUCGUCACCAAAAAGACUUUGAAAGACGAGCGACUGACUCCUUUCAAGUUCGAAAACUACCAGCAGACCUUCAGAGGCACAAUCAAGAACAACGGCCACUCGGUCCAGGUUGGAGUUCCUCACGUGACCGCCCUAUCAGAUGGAGGUCUACCAGCCGUCUACAAGGCUGUGCAGUUCCAUCUGCACUGGGGCACCAACGCAGGGCCCGGCUCCGAACACACCAUCGAUGGGGAGCAGUAUCCCAUGGAGCUGCACAUUGUACACAUGAAGCAAAACUACAUUGAUCUGACAACAGCACUAGCAGACCCAGAGGGAGUUGCAGUCCUUGGGUUUUUCUACGAGAGGUCCAAUAGUGCAAACCGGAAGUAUGAGCCCAUCAUCAAUGCUCUGCGAAGCAUCAAAACUUCAGGUGCCAAUACAACUCUGCCGCCCAUCUCACUGGCUCAACUAAUUCCACCUGAGCAGAAUCUGACCAGCUUUUACCGCUACAAGGGCUCUCUGACCACCCCAGGGUGCACUGAGUCUGUGGUUUGGACUUUAUUUGAGAAUACCAUCCCUCUGAACUUUGAACAGCUGCGGGCGUUCUCUGAUCUCAAGUUCAAAGAUGGAAAGCCGAUGGUGGGGACCUUCAGGCCGGUCCAGCCCCUGAAUGGUCGGCAGGUGUUCCGGUCGGGAGGUGCAGUCAUCGUUGCCAGCUCCGCCCUCCUCAUCGCCACCAUUGCCACAGCCUUGGGACUUUCCCACCCCAACUAGAGCGCUGCAUCCCGUGCUGCACUGCGACAUCCAUGAACACAAUAAGUUCUGUAUCACUCCUCAGCUGAACCCUGGUUUGUAACAUCUUCAUCGCAUGGUUGCAAAGAUGAUGGACCACGUCGUAGUGCAGGCACGACUCACCUGGUGUUCCUCCCUUACAACACAUAUGACAAAGGCGUUCGAGGAAUGCCUUAUGAAAGGUGCUGUAAGGGUUUCGAUCAGCAUUCAUGCAUGCGUAGUGAAGAAGUAGGUCUAAUUUCAGCAUAAUGAAUGUGCCAUAAAGCAGGUUACCAAGCACUCAAAGUGACAACUGAAUUCAAAAUCAGCAUCAGAUCCCUUAGUCAUGCCCUCAUUUUUCACAGCAUCAUCCUUCAAACACCAGCACACACGCGUACACUUUAGACCU